AUGAACUUUGCUGCCAGUUUUUCUUCACCCACUCACUAAAGUGAGGGUUCUCCACAGCAGAGGGGAUUCCGCGACAGCGAGGAGUACGACCCCUUCUGGCAAAGCAAAGAGGAACGUCAGAGCAGCAACAAAAGCAUCUGCUCAUCUCACAAUGGCCAGUGCAACCAAGACAUCCCCCAAAGGAAUGAGACGCUCUCCCCUCAGCCUGCCUGCCUCUGCCCUGAGCGUGAGGAGCACCUGAACGCGGACUUGAAGACCCUCGAGAAGGUCCCGCUGAUGGCUCCAACAGAGCCCUUCAUCACAAGGAGCAGAGAGCACAAGUCUGCACCAGGGCCUCCUGUGGAGUUUCUCCACUUUCAGGACAUCAGUGCAGCGGCUUUAAAAAUCCAGCAGUCAGGAAUUCAGAAGACCCCUUGCACAGUACACCGACUAUCCAAACUGUAUGGCAUGGAGAUUUAUGUAAAGAAAGAGCACCUCCACUACACUGGCUCAGUGAAAGAGAGAAGGGUUCUGUGUCUGCUCUCAUCAUUAAAACAGAAGCAGCAGAAGAAAGGUGUGAUUGUGGCCAUGGACUGUAGCUUCUCCAUGGCGAUGGCCCAUCACACAGUGGAGCUGAGAAUCCCAGUCUUCGUUAUAAUGCCUGCUUACAGCUGUCUAUCACGCCUGCGCAUGUUCUGCGACUACGGUGCCAUGGUGAUUUCGUACGGCAGCAUGGCCUGCGACUCACAGAACCACGCGUGCCACCUGGCCCAGGAGAACAGCUACCUCUACCUGGAGGAGCACGAGAGUGUCGUGUACUUGGCAGGUCUGGGUACAGUAGGCGUAGAGGUGCACGAGCAGGUGACACAUGACGCUGUCAUUGUGCCCGCGGGUGGUCAGUGUGGAAUUCUGGCUGACCCACUAGUUUGGUGCAACGCUCUUCGGGCACACACUCUUCACCUGACCAAGAAAAUGGUCAUCUCUGUCAGGGAGGAGGACCCUUUGGUGGCCAUGCUGAGGUUUCGGGAGUAUGAACACACCACCGUAGAUACUGAAGGAGCCAUGGGACCAGCAGCCAUCUUGACUGGGCAGUUGUCCGAGCUAAAGGGUCAACAGGUAACAGUGCUAGUGAGGCAGUGUGUGGGAAGAGCUCUAGCACUGGAUGACCGCAUCAGUCGUUUCACAGUCCAGUUGGGAGACUUGGCCAGGAGACACAUGGCUCAACGGAUGGAAACACUGGCCUGGGAAGAUGCGAGGCUGCUGGAUGUUUGGCACAGGAGAUACAGUGAUAGAGCAGAUCAAGCACAGGUUGAGUGUGUUGUGGAAAGCAGGGAUAAGACUCAGAACUGCCAGCUACGCAGAACGCUGUCAGGCCGCUACCCUACACUGCGCUGACUGCAACGAUGAACUCAGCAAGAUUACCGCCACCCCGAU